AUGGACAUCCUUGGCUUUGAUUCUCAGGAUCUUAGACAAGCCAGAGAAAAUGCAUUAAUUGAAGCUAGUCAGGCACCUUUAUUUAGCUCAAAUUACAAGACAAAGGCAGAAGAAACAUAUCCACAUGUUUAUCAGUCUGCAAAGUCGGGUUCCAUGCUUUCACUAUUUGGAACACGUUAUGCUCUUCCUGCUGGUACAGUUAAAGAAGAAUUCAAUGAUUACGAAGAAACCAUCAUUCCAGUACCCACGCAGGCACCUAUACGAGCAGGCGAACGUCGUAUUAAAAUUGAAGAAUUGGAUAGCUUGGCUAGAGGAGCUUUCAAGGCCUACGAAACUCUCAACAGAAUUCAAUCUAUUGUAUACCCUAUUGCUUAUGAAACAAACGAAAACAUGUUGGUCUGUGCGCCUACUGGUGCGGGUAAAACAGAUGUUGCAAUGCUUACUGUACUCAGGUGUCUGUACCAAUACUGCUCUACACCUCCACAAAAAGGCUCUACCGAAAUUGAUUUCACAAUCGCUAAGAAUGACUUUAAGAUUGUAUAUGUGGCACCUAUGAAGGCUCUUGCGGCUGAAAUUGUAGAAAAGAUGGGAAAACGACUCAAGUUCCUUGGUGUUAGUGUCAGGGAAUUGACGGGUGAUAUGCAAUUAACAAAGGCAGAGAUUAUGGCCACCCAAUUUAUCGUAACCACACCUGAGAAAUGGGAUGUAAUCACUAGAAAGGGUACAGGCGAUGUCGAAUUAGCACAGAAAGUAAAACUUCUUAUUAUUGAUGAAGUCCAUCUUCUUAAUGAAGAUCGUGGUGCUGUUAUUGAGAGUAUUAUUGCCAGAACAUUACGGCAGGUUGAAUCAAGUCAAUCACUCAUUCGUAUUGUUGGUCUCUCUGCUACUCUUCCCAAUUACCUUGAUGUGGCAGCAUUCCUUAGAGUCAACCCUUACCAAGGUUUGUUCUUCUUUGAUGGCGGAUUCCGUCCAGUUCCUCUCGAGCAACAUUUCCUGGGUAUCAAAGGAAAAGCCAACUCGGUUCCGUCCAACGAGCGUAUGAAUCGUGCUUGCUUUGACAAGGUUUCCGACCUUGUGCGGGAAGGUCAUCAAGUUAUGGUGUUUGUUCAUGCCCGAAAAGAAACAGUCAAGACUGCUCAAAUGCUAAAAGAAGAAGUUCUAAAUGAAAGUCUCGGAGAUUACUUUGAUUGUUCGGCCGAACCCAAGUUUGUUGGUCACAGAAGAGAUAUAGCAAAAUCUAGAAACAAGGAAAUGAAAGAAUUAUUUCCUUAUGGCUUUGGUAUACAUCAUGCUGGUAUGCUUCGAUCUGAUCGAUCAUUAACUGAACGAAUGUUUGCCGAUGGUUGCUUAAAGGUGCUCUGCUGUACUGCAACCUUGGCAUGGGGUGUCAAUUUGCCAGCUUAUGCUGUUGUUAUCAAAGGAACCCAAGUGUACGAUUCACAAAAGGGUAGCUUUGUAGACUUGUCUAUUCUUGAUGUGCUCCAGAUCUUUGGUCGUGCUGGUCGUCCACAGUAUGAAACUCAUGGUGUUGGUUAUAUCCUGACAACCCAUGACAAAAUAUCCCACUAUGUCUCAGCAAUCACCCAACAACAUCCAAUUGAAUCAAAGUUUAUCGAAAAUAUUGUCGACAAUCUUAAUGCAGAAAUUUCACUAGGUACCGUUACAAACCUCAGUGAGGCUGUGACAUGGCUAAGCUACACUUACCUCUAUGUGAGAAUGAAAAAGAAUCCGAUGGUUUAUGGUAUGGAUCACUCGGAACCAGCAAAGGAUCCGCUUUUGGGCAGUAAACGACACGAAAUUAUCGUAGACGCUGCUAGAAAAUUAGCCAGAUGUCAAAUGAUUAUCUUUGACGAAACUACCGGCUACCUGACUCCAACAGUUCUUGGCCGCAUCUCAUCAAAUUUUUAUAUCAAACACACCAGUAUCGAGAUCUUUAAUGGUCUUAUGAAGCCACGUAUGACAGAAGCUGAUGUUCUGUCAAUGAUGAGCAUGAGUUCAGAGUUUGACAAUAUACGAUCACGCGAAUCAGAACAUAAAGAACUCAAGGGUCUUUUAGAAAAGGCUUGUGCAUGUGAUAUUCGAGGUGGUACUGAAUCAACUCCUGGAAAAGUCAAUAUUCUUCUUCAGACGUACAUAUCAAAUGCCUACAUCGACGAUUUUGCGCUCGUGUCUGAUUGCGGCUAUGUUGCCCAGAACGCAGGCCGUAUUGCCCGCGCCCUGUUUGAGAUUGCCUUGAACCGAAACUGGGGACCCACAAGCUCUAUAGUUCUGGCUAUCAACAAGAGUAUCGAAAAACGCCUGUGGACUUUCCAACACCCACUGCAACAAAUGGGACUUCCCAAAGAUGUCAUGCAGAAACUAGAGGACAGAUCUUACGACAUAUCAAUCGAAGAAAUGAGAGACAUGGAACCGACCGAGCUUGGGGAUCUUAUUCGCCACCCACGGAUGGGCCUGACGAUCUCUAGAUGUGUUGACCAGUUCCCAAUGCUGAUGCUCGACGCCAAGAUAUUUCCAAUCACUCGCAAUGUACUGAAUGUGGAGCUUACCAUAACUCCUGAUUUUGUCUGGAAUGAGCGCCUGCACGGUAGCUCGGAACCAUGGUGGAUCUGGGCAGAAGAUUCAGAUAGUGUGGAAAUCUAUUACUCAGAAUACUUUAUUCUACACCGCAAACAAUUGGGCGAAACUAUGAAGAUUGUGUUCACGGUGCCUAUUGUUGAGCCAUUACCAAGCGAAAUCUAUAUUCGUGCCACGUCUGAUCGCUGGCUUGGAGCCGAAACCGUCCUGCCGGUCUCAUUCGAAAACCUGGUUUUACCUCAGCUUUAUCCACCCCCGACAGAGCUGCUAGAUCUGCGCCCACUUCCUGUUACUGCCUUGCGAAAUGACGUGCUGGAAGCCAUCUGUGCCCAGAAGUUUACACACUUUAAUCCAGUUCAAACUCAGAUAUUCCACACUCUCUAUAAUACAGACAACAAUGCAUUGAUCGGUGCACCUACUGGUUCGGGUAAAACCGUUGCUGCUGAACUUGCGAUGUGGCGAGCACUUGGGCAACACCCAGGCUCUAAAGUGUUGUACAUUGCACCUAUGAAAUCUUUGGUUACUGAAAAAGCCCAAGAUUGGAAUAAGCGUCUGAUGGGUCCAAUGAACAAAAGACUUGUGGAGUUGACGGGUGAUGUGAACCGGGAUGUGAAGAUCAUCGAAUCUGCUGAUAUUAUCGUCACAACACCAGAGAAGUGGGAUAGUGUCAGCCGUAACCAACGCAGCCGUAGUUGUAUUAACAAAGUAUCGUGUGUGAUUAUUGAUGAGAUACACUUACUUGGCGGUGAGAGCGGUGGCCCGAUUCUGGAAGUGAUUGUGUCAAGGAUGAAUUACAUGGGGUCCAAAUUCGAUAAAAAGAUUCGCCUUGUUGGAUUGUCCACCCCUUUGGCAAACGCUCAGGAUUUGGCCGACUGGCUUGGUGUCAAAAAGUCUGGACUGUUCAACUUUGGUCACUCUGUUCGCCCAGUUCCUUUAGAGAUCUAUGUUGACGGGUUCCCAGGAAAGCUUUAUUGUCCUCGUAUGGCAACGAUGAACAAGCCGAUAUAUGCGGCCAUUAAGACCCAUUCCCCUACCCAACCUGUCAUCGUGUUUGUGUCUUCACGUCAGCAGACAUGCCUUACAGCGCAGGAUCUGAUUGCUUAUUGUGGAAUGGAAGACAAUCCUCGCCAGUGGCUUCGCACGGAUGAUAUGGAAAUGGAAAUGAUAUUAAACCAGGUCGAUGACGAAGCAUUGAAAAUGUCUCUUGCGUUUGGUAUCGCAAUUCAUCACUCGAGUUUGACCGACAAUGACCGAAGAAUUGUUGAAGAGCUGUUCCUGAACCUUAAGAUCCAGAUCUUGAUUGGCACCAGUACACUUGCAUGGGGUAUCAAUCUUCCAGCCCAUCUGGUGAUAAUUAAGGGCACAGAGUUUUACAACUACAAAUCUGGUCGCUAUGUAGACUAUCCUAUUACACAUGUUCUACAGAUGAUGGGUCGUGCGGGUCGUCCCCAGUUUGACAACACCGGCAUUACUCGUGUGUUUGUACAAGACAGCAAAAAGAACUUUUUCAAAAAGUUUUUGUAUGAGCCGUACCCUGUCGAAUCGAAUCUACACAAGUCUAUGGAUGACUACAUCCAUGCCGAGAUUAUGGACAAGACAAUUAAAACAAAGCAAGAUGCGUUGGAUUACAUUACCUGGACAUAUUUCUACCGUCGCCUUCAGCAGAAUCCAACAUACUAUGGCUUAGACGAUUUGUCACAAAGGGGCCUAAACACAUACAUGUCCAAUAUUGUAAAUGAGGUGACGGAGAGGCUAGAGAGUUCUGGAUAUUUAGAGAUUCAAAACGAUUUUGAUUUGAUUCUGAAAACCCCAAAAGAAUAA